GUGUGUUUUCAGGCGAUUCCUGUUAGGGAAGGGACGGCGGCCAUCUUAGUUGUAAUAACGGCUAUCAGCGCGCAUCAGGAAGUGUCCGAUCUAUACGUUUUACUUCUCGGGGGUCAAGUCUGUCAGUCAAACUACAUUCAAAGAGCGCUUUAGAGGAUUUUCGCUGUGAAUUCGUAAUAUUCUACGAUGGACUCGGACAUUUUAAACAUAGAGGAUAUUGUGAUGGGACGGGCAAUGCCAAAUCAACCUCCAGAAAAUCCCCCUGAAAAAAAAGCGGAACAAUACAGGCCCAUCAUUAUGAAUGGACCCCCUGCACACCCUGCUCAAUCCUACCAGCAUGAGAACCUGCAAUGUUUCCAGUGCUUCAUCACAUUUUGCAGUGCCAAAGCCAAAGAGAGACACAUGAAGAAGAGCCACCGGGAAGAGUACAAGCAACAACUUCAGCAGGGAAACACGUUAUUUACGUGUUACGUGUGUGACCGCACGUUUCUGUCAUCUGAGGAACUGACGCAGCACCAGCCAAUACACCGCAAAGAUGACAAACCCUUCAAAUGUGCCCACUGCAAAGAAAGCUUCAAAGUAUUCUCUGAGCUCACAACACAUAGAAGGCAGGUGUGUCCAGAGAAGCAGCUGCUGUGUAAAGAUUGCAACGAAACCUUCAGAAGUGCCGCGCUGCUGCGGACGCAUCGCCUUGCCCAGCACCCUCGCCCCGACACAGAUGCCGCAGAACAGCCAGAUGACCCGGCUAAAAGUCAUCGCUGCAAGAAGUGCGGUCAGGGCUUUGAAACCGAAUCGGAGCUGACCGAACACCAGCAAAAGUAUCCUGAAGGUGAGCUGUGCAACGGCAGCACCACGCCGGUCAAGAAGCGUGGGCGGCCCGCCAAAAGAGAUGAGGCCACAGAUGCAGAGAAAAAGGUAAAGCGGAAAAAGAAGGAUGAAUUGGAGGUUUCUGAGGAAGGAGUAGCAGCGGCUGCCGUGGCAAACGCCAGCAGCAGUUCAGAGCCGGCGGUGCCUCAAGCAGAGGAGAAAGCAAAAGCAGGGGCAGCAAGGAGGGGUCGUCCUUCUAAAGCAACAGCAGCAGCACAGAGUGAAGCAGAAGACAAGAGCUGUGACGGUGAAGAUGCAACAAAGGAAGAGAAACCCAAAGGGGAGCCUGUGGCGCACCCUUGUCCCGAUUGCGACCUCUCCUUCCCCAGCCUCGUUCAGCUGCGUGCUCACAAGAAGGAGAAACACACCGUCCGUAAAGCCCACCCGUGUGGAGAGUGCGAGGAAAGCUUUGCCCGUCCCGAGCAGCUGGACGCACACAUGUCACGGGUGCACGCUGUCGGCCGCUUCCCAUGUCCCACUUGUGGCAAGAGCUUUGGCCGCGAGCGCACCCUGAAGGCUCACCAGAAGAGCCACCCUGAGAAGGAGACGGAGAGCUUGAACGCUAAAAGAUAAUAAUAGUGACUGGCCGUCUGAGGAACUUAGACAUGAAGUGUCCUCCUUUUCUCUUUUGACAUCCUGAUUCUCUCGCUGAUGAUGUGUGAAGGGAGGUUUGGAUUUCAAGCUGUAAUCUAACUUAAAACAUCUCACAAUGACUAGAUAAAUGUUGUUACUGUUAACUAAACAUGAAAUAGUUCAUUUAUGAAAACAUAGGAAGCAUUGAUUCACUUUUUAAAAUGUUUUUUGUUUAAUUUUAAAAUGUGUGGUGUGAAUUUCUUACAUAGUCUUGAGUUUAAGGAACUCAUUUUGUAACAAACUACAUUUUUUUCCCUCUUAAAGACUGGAUAAGUACAUAUUUUGUAAGCUAUUAGCUAUAAUAUGUAUGUAUGUUACACAUGUUAACACUUAAUAUUUACAUCAGGAUCCUUUCUUAACUGCUUCAAAGAUUGUUUUUUUUUUAUAAACAACUUCAAAUAACUUGCCGAGCGCUUUAGAUUCAAUGUGGAGUUGGUAUGUUGAGAAUUUGAUCCACUAUAAACAUGAAUUCUCAUUCAUUACUCCUUUAUUUUUCCACUAAUGAGAAUUACUAUGUCAGACAUUUUUGAAUGAAAAAUGUCACGGCAUUAUGUUGAUAGUCCCACAAACAAGUAUGUAUAUUAAGUGUCUUCACUCUUUGGAUUGUUUCUCUCCCACUGAUGUGUCUGGACAGUGAAAAUAUGUAAUAAAAACAUGCACGCCCA